UCCCCCAUAUAAGUGUUUCCCAACCAGAGUACCCCCAGCUGUUGCAAAACUACAACUCCCAGCAUGACAUGACAGCCUUUGGCAUCGGGAUUGGCUUCUUGGAGAGAGGAAGGGACAGAAUAACCGGAUGACUUUUUAAGACUAAGAAAUCGGCUGCAGGACAACAAAAUGGCUGACGUGUUGCUAUGCCUGUUUCUCACUAGCGUCAUGUCUUCUCUCUCCAGGUCCGUCCAAUGGCCCAAGAAGGGAUGGACGAGUCGGUGUUUAUAUGGUGCGAUGACUGUGGACAGUAUCAUGACUCCGAGUGUCCGGAGCUCGGCCCCGUAGUGACAGUCCACGACUCGUUUGUACUGAGCAGAGCCAGGUCAUCACUUCCCACCAAUCUGGAGUUCAAACUCAUAGGAGAUGGCACGGAGGGGGUGUUUGCGGUCACUCCACUCGUCAAGCGCACUCAGUUUGGUCCAUUCGAAUGUAAGAGAGCUGAAAAUCUGGACAAAGAAACGGUCUUUCCACUCAAGGUGUUCCAGAAGGAUGGGCUGGUUGUAUUUUUUGAUACGUCCAGCGAGGAGGAAUGUAACUGGAUGAUGCUGGUCAGGCCGGCCACGGAUUACACCCAUCAGAACCUGACGGCGUACCAGCACGGGAACGACGUCUACUUCACUACCUCGCGGGAUAUCGCAGCUGGCACCGAGCUACGGGUGUGGUACGCGGCUUUCUAUGCAAGAAAGAUGGAGAAGCCUUUGCUGAAGCCUCCUAUACCAUCUCACAAUGAGGUGGCAUUUUUGGCACCUGAGCCUGAGAAAGAAGUCAGUCCGACCUCCUCAAAAUCCAACCAGCUGGCCUCCAUGACCUCCAAGAAGAUGAAAAUCGUCCGACCACCGGCUGCAUUCACUUCAGUGAACUGUCAGGAGAACAGCGACAUCAUUCACGUGGAGACCUGUGAGUGGGCGUGUAAAGUGUGCAACACAACAUUUAUGGAACCCAGUCUGCUGACAGAGCACUUAUUAAGUCACCUGGAGCAGACAAAAGGAAUAGCCCCUCCCGGACCAUGUGACCCCACGUAUGAAGAGGAGGGUACAGUGAUGGCGCCGCCGGAGCAGACCGUGGUGUGCACUACCCCUGCCGUCAGGAACGCCCUGAAGAAGAAGCCGAAGAGGAGCCGCAAAGCGAAAGCCGUGAAGGCCGACAUUCCCUUAGUGAUUGUGGAGGACGAUAGCCCCCCAGCACACCAUCCCAUUAUGUACAGUCCGGUCUUCCCGUCGGAUCGCGUGGCUGAAAUAAUCACGGAGAUCCCUCCCGACGACGUUCCCCUUCCGCACGAUUCUGACGACAAGUUCAUGGAAUUGAUGUUGGGAAAACUGCCGCCCGCCAACAACGCCAACUUACCUCCUGUUUCCAAGUUUGCUUUCCACCAGGGGAACAAUAUGAUGAAGAGAGGACUGCUGCUAUCGGGAUCCCGCCACAGCAUGAGAAGGAAGUUUGUGCGGCAGCUGGGAGAUCACAAACGCAUCUUUCAGUGCAACAUAUGCAGCAAAGUUUUCCGAAACAGCAGCAACCUGAGCCGACAUAUCCGAUCUCACGGGGACAAGCUCUUCAAAUGCGAGGAGUGCGCUAAACUUUUCAGCCGUAAAGAGAGUCUCAAGCAGCACGUGUCCUACAAGCACAGCAGGAACGAGGUUGACGCCGAUUACAGAUACCGCUGCGCCACUUGUGAAAAGGCGUUCAGGGUGGAGGCCUUUCUGGAGUUCCACAACUGCAGAACAGACGACAAGUCGUUCCAGUGUGAGAUGUGCUACAGAUUCUUCUCCACCAACAGCAACCUCUCCAAGCACAAGAAGAAGCACGGGGAGAAGAAGUUUGCCUGUGAGAUCUGUAACAAACUCUUCUACAGGAGGGACGUGAUGCUGGAACAUCACCGCAGACAUCUGGAAGGAGUGAGACGUGUGAAGCGGGAGUCAUCCAUCCCACAGCCAACCGACCAUACCAUCAAGUACAAAAAAGAGCCUUCGGCCUGUCCAGUCUGCGGAAAGAUGUUCUCUUGCCGGAGCAACAUGAACAAACACCUCCUCACACACGGAGAUAAGAAGUACACCUGUGAGAUCUGCGGUCGGAAGUUCUUCAGGGUGGACGUCCUGCGAGAUCACAUACACAUUCACUUCAAGGAUAUUGCUCUGAUGAACGAUCAGCAAAGGGAAGAAUUCAUUGGGAAGAUCGGCAUCUCCUCCGAGGACAACGAUGACAACUCGGAUGGGAGCGCUGACUCCGAGCCCCACAAGUACAGCUGUAAGAGGUGUCAGAUCUCUUUUGCCCGGGGGAAGGAAUACCUGAAGCACAUUAUGGAUGUCCACGCGGAGAACGGCUAUGACUGUAGUAUAUGUCACAGGAGAUUUGCACUGAAAGCCACUUACCACGCACACAUGGUGAUCCACCGUGAGAACCUACCUGAUCCUGAAGUGCAGAAGUACAUUCAUCCAUGUGAGGUUUGUGGCAGGAUUUUCAACAGUAUAGGAAACCUGGAAAGACACAAACUCAUCCAUUCAGGGGUGAAGAGCCACGGCUGUGACCAGUGCGGGAAAUCCUUUGCCAGGAAAGACAUGUUAAAGGAACACAUGAGAGUCCAUGAUAACAUCCGGGAAUACCUGUGUGCAGAGUGCGGAAAAGGGAUGAAGACGAAGCACGCUCUGCGGCAUCACAUGAAGCUGCACAAGGGCAUUAAAGAGUACGAGUGCAUGGAGUGCCACCGCAAGUUUGCCCAGAAGGUGAACAUGCUGAAGCAUUAUAAGCGGCACACAGGUAUUAAGGACUUUAUGUGCGAGUUAUGUGGGAAAACAUUCAGUGAGAAGAACACGAUGGAGACCCACAAACUGGUGCAUACUGCAGUGGGGAAGCAGUGGAGCUGCGCGGUGUGUGAUAAGAAGUACGUCACGGAAUACAUGCUCCAGAAGCACGUCCAGCUCACGCAUGACAAGGUGGAGGCCCAGAGCUGUCAUCUCUGCGGAACCAAGGUCUCCACCCGAGCGUCUAUGAGCCGACACCUGAGACGCAAGCACCCAGAGGUCCUUUCUUUGCGGAUAGAAGAUUUGAACGAUCUAGAAGAGCAGGGAGCCAUUGACGAAACCUCAGUCGCUCAGCCAGGGUUAGAUGAAGAGGAUGAAGACGACCUACCGAGGGGUAAACCGCUGCGGCUGGUGACUGAGCACGACAAGUGCGGCGCCGAAGUGCAGGAGGUGGUACACGGGGAUGUGGAGUAUGCGCAAUAUAGUAAUAAGGGGGUGGAGUUCAGUGGCCCCGGAGAGGAAGAUGGCUCCGCUGUGGAGACCCUACAACAGGUUGUGGUGACGAUCAGCGAUGGAAAUGUCCCGGCUCCAUCGUGCAACGUGGGUCUAACCAACAUCACCGUCACCCCCAUCACCACCACGGCAGGGGCGCAGUUUGCCAGCUUACAGCCGGUGGCGGUGGGCCACCUGACGGCUCCAGACCGCCAGCUUCAGCUCGACAGCUCCAUAUUGACUGUGACCUUCGACGCGGUGAGCGGCAGUGCCGUGCUCCACAACAGGCCAGCCGAGCUGGCAAUAACCGCUGCCCAGGAGACCGCCGGCCCGCACCCCGUCGCCCACUUUAUCAACCUCACCACCUUCGUGAAUUCCAUAGCCCCGCUGGGAGGGCAGAUCGCGACCGAGGGACCUUUGACGUGGAGGGCGGUGCCUGUGGGUGAGACUCCGCCUCCAACAGAGGAAGACCCGCCCUCGGAGCAGACAGACCCGGGACCUCACACUUCUUCUCCCACGCGGGCCGGACAGCCGGGAGAAGCGGACUCGCAGGAGCAGGUGUACAGUUACUAAACUUAUCAAUUAGUCGACGACUAAAACUACGAACUGGAAUAACGGUUACUGCUAAAUUAUAAGAAUUUUUUUUUUUUUUUUUUUAUUAUUAUUUUUCUCCUAAUGCAAUGCGAUCAUGAAAUUGCGAAAGCCAAAAGGUUGAAAAGACCAUAAAAAAAUUCUCAGUAUUACAGAUGUUUUCAUUUCCCCCUAAAAAAGGUAAGAACAUUUCCCACUAAAAAAACAAAAAAGGAAAUUCAAGUUUUUCAUUUGUUUUUCAUUUUACUGUAAAAGUUGGAUGACAACCAAUAUGGCCGACAGUGCAGGGGGUUGUCACCCGCCCGGUGCUGCAGAUGACAACCAAUAUGGCCGACAGUGCAGGGGGUUGUUACCCUCCCAGUGCUGCAGAUGACAACCAAUAUGGCCGACAGUGCAGGGGGUUGUUACCCUCCCAGUGCUGCAGAUGACAACCAAUAUGGCCGACAGUGCAGGGGGU